CUGAGGGAACCCAGACCGGCUGACAGCAGGACCUGCAGGAACUGAUCAGACCAGCUGCUCAGACAUGGCCAGCUGCUCAGGAUGUGGACCGGGAUACCGCAGCCCGCUGGACGCCAUGAAGGGUCCUCGGGAGGAGAUCGUCUACCUGCCCUGCGUCUACCGCAACACCGACAUCCUGAAACCCGACUACCUGGCCACCGUCGACGUCGACCCAAAGUCUGCCACCUACUGCCAGGUGAUCCACCGGCUGCCGAUGCCGAACCUUCGUGACGAGCUGCAUCACACCGGCUGGAACGCCUGCAGCAGCUGCUUCGGAGACGCCUCCAAGAAGAGGAACCGUCUGAUUCUGCCGUCGCUCGUCUCCUCCAGAGUCUACGUGGUGGACGUCGGCACGAAUCCCAGAGCGCCGCAGAUUCACAAGAUGGUCGAACCUGUGGAUCUGUACUGGAAGUGUAACCUGGCGAACCCUCACACUUCUCACUGUCUGGGCAACGGUCAGAUCAUGAUCAGCUGUUUGGGAGACCCGUCUGGUAACGGCAAAGGUGGUUUCAUUCUGCUGGACGGUGAGACGUUCGAGGUGGUCGGUAACUGGGAGCACCCCGGUGACGCGGUGCCCUUUGGGUAUGACUUCUGGUACCAACCUCGACACAACGUGAUGAUCAGCACUGAAUGGGGGGCGCCAAAAGCUCUGGCUGGUGGUUUUAAUCCAGCCCACGUCAUGGAGGGUCACUAUGGCAGCGCCCUCCAUGUUUGGGACUGGACCACCCACAGGAGGCUGCAGACGCUCGACCUGGGUGAAGAGGGAGGUAUUCCUCUGGAGGUCCGGUUCCUCCACGACCCAGACGCCACCGAGGGCUACGUGGGCUGUGCUCUGCCCUCAACUGUCUUCAGGUUCUACAAAACACCGAAAGGUGACUGGGCUGCAGAGAAGGUGAUCAGUGUUCCCAGUAAGAAGGUGGAGGGAUGGAUGCUGCCUGAGAUGCCAGGACUGAUCACAGACAUCCUGAUAUCACUGGACGACCGUUUCCUCUACUUCAGUAAUUGGCUGCACGGGGACGUCAGACAGUAUGACAUCACAGACAGGAGGAAGCCCCGAUUGGUCGGCCAGGUGUUUCUGGGAGGAAGUAUCGUCAGUGAUGGACCAGUCAAAGUCCUGGAGGACCCUGAGAACCAGCCACAACCCCCCCCACGCAUCAUCAAGGGGAGGCGUGUCUACGGAGGUCCUCAGAUGUUGCAGUUGAGUUUGGACGGUCGGAGACUUUAUCUGACGACGUCUCUGUUCAGCAGCUGGGACAAACAGUUCUACCCUGACAUGGUCAAGGAGGGGUCGGUGAUGAUGCAGAUCGAUGUGAACUCUGUCAGCGGAGGUCUGUCCCUGAACAAGAACUUCCUGGUGGAUUUCGGUAAAGAACCCGACGGUCCGGUUCUGGCCCACGAGCUGAGAUACCCGGGAGGAGACUGUACGUCUGACAUCUGGGUGUAACUGGAUCAGACAGGAUGUUAAUAACUCCGUUAACACAGGGAGAGGUUUUUCUCUUUAAUGGUCCCAUCAAGAAAAAACUAUGAAAAAAUAUUUUUACUAAUAGGAAUCGUUUGUUUUUAACUCUGAGCCUUAAUGAACAGUCCAGACGUCACUUCACAGUAAAAGUUCAUUUUCUCAUUUCUGUGAAAUAAAUCAUCAAAUCAACUUUAAUUUGACUUUUCAAUGUAACAACAAAACUUAAUGGUCACAUGUAAAAGUACAAACAGACGCUUUAACAUCUGACGGGUAUUAAAGUACCAUAAACAACAAUUAACAAAUAUUACAAUCACUAAAGAAUGAUAACAAGAGCAGCAACAAUAACAAUCUUGCAGUUUAAUUAAUCGCAGAAAUCUAUCAACAAAAAUCACCCAUAAUGCAAUGUUAGGAGUGUGUGCUGGUGAAAUAAAAAACAGAUUAUAAAAACAUCUAAUAUCAACAUUAUUAAUAAUAAUAACAAUAAUAAUAAUAAUAAUAAUAAUAAUGAGAUAAAGAAAAGGAGAAAGUAAAUAAAUAAAAAUUAAUUUCCAGCAAAACUUUAAUGACACACAAUUUAAACCCAUGAAAUAAAAAAUAUUUUACAUUUAACAAUCAUGAAAUAUUCUUUAGACAAAUAAACAAAAAGAUUGUAUUGGUUGUAUCUAACAGAUAACACUGAUCAAUACUGUAACUGAACUGUGAUUAUUCCCAAGAUCAGCUGUUUGAUCCUGGAUUCACCUGAUGACUGGAUUCACAGUUUGUAACCAGGAAACUUUGACAUAAUCAUGUUCUGUAGGGACUCAUUAAUAUUCAGUGUCAUAUAUUACAGCAGGUGAAUAUUCAUGAGACUUUCUCCUUCACGUCAGCUUUGUUUUCUGUGUCAGUGAAAUUAAACUCACCUUUUUGACCUCA